CGUUUAAGGCUCAAACGUCGCAAUCGGAUUCUGUUUCUCCCUGUAUAGGCGUCAACAUGCGACGGUGCGGUUCUGGCUCGCAGGAAGAACCAGGAUAAAAGGAGGACUUUCAGCUUCUUCGUUCCGUUGGGAUCCUUCCGUCCCUCCCCGCCGACUUCGCUCUCUGUCUUAUGAAACGACGGGUGAGGUUAAGAAAUGCAAACGAAUCCCAUAGAUCCAUUUCAAACCUUGAGCACUAACACUGGCCUAAACCCCAGUUUCUCCCGGCAGGUGGGGAGCAAUGCAUUGUCGAUGGUGUUGCCACCGGCGGUGGCUACUGGAGCUACGGGCACUUCGUUGGUUCCAAAUUGCAGCCCGCUCCAUAGACGUGCUAGAUCCGAGUUUUUUCUGCGGAUCCCUGAAGACCUCGGCCUGAGCUCCGGGGAUCCUAUGGAGACGGGUAGCUUCGAAGAGAUCGGGUCCGAGGAAGACCUUUUUUCUACUUAUAUCGACAUUGAGAAGAUCGGAUGCAAGUUGGAGGGAAGCGGAUCGGGGUCGGAGGACGGCGUGGGUCAAGAUCGGGUGGCGGAGAGCUCAGGUGGGGACCAGGAGCCGAGGACGGGCAAUGCAGGAGAUGGCGAGUCUGCGGAGACCUCGAGGGCGAAGCAUCGGCACAGCAACUCGUUGGACGGUUCGUCAGUUUCAUCGAUGGCGGCCAGGAAGGGCGAGGUAGUGUUUGGGGAGAUUCUGGAGGCGAAGAAGGCCAUGACGGCGGAGCAGCUAGCGGAGCUCACGGCCAUUGAUCCAAAGAGGGCAAGAAGGAUUUUAGCUAAUCGACAGUCUGCGGCUCGCUCUAAAGAAAGAAAGGCACGCUAUAUUUCUGAUCUUGAGAGGAGAGUUCAAACUCUUCAGACUGAAGCUACAACACUAUCUGCGCAACUUACUUUAUUCCAGAGAGACACAACCGGUUUGGCUGCAGAGAAUGCAGAACUUAGGCUGCGCUUACAAACUAUGGAACAACAAGCCCAGUUGCGUGAUGCACUAAAUGAAGCUCUAAAGAAGGAUGUUGAGAGGCUGAAGAUCGCAACUGGCGAAACAUCUAACACUGCUGAAUCCAACGAUGUGGGACUAAAUCCCUUGACCUUCAAUCCCCCGUUCUUCCCAGUCCCGCAGCCACAAACAAGCUUCCCUCUCCAAUCCCUUCAGCUACCACCGCCUUCUUUCCAUCAGCUUCAACCCACUACCACAAACUUCCCAUUGCUCUCUUACUCACAUCCCCUUUCUGAUACAAUUCCUCACGACCAUCUUGGAAGACUUCGGCGAUUAGAUAUCAGCAAAGGUCCUCUCAUUGUUAAAUCAGAAAGCUCCAUAUCAGCUGGCGAGAGCAGCAAUAUCUUUUGAUUAAAAUAAUGCUUCAUGUAAUGGGCAUCAUCGAUGUUUAUAAUAACCUUGACAUCCAUUCUUCUUCCAUCAUUAUUACUCUUAUUUUGGCCAUUUGUUUUAUUUUUUAAGGCAAUAUUCAUCUAUUGCAUUACAGUUGACAUAUUUAUUCAUAAACUAUGUUGACAUAUUUAUUUAAACUAUGGCUCCGACAUGUUCG